AUUGAGACCAAUUAAUUUCAGAUAAAGCAAAGAUGAAGUCAACUUUUGUUGUCAUUUUCCUACUUUGUUUUGUGGUCAGCAGUGCAAGAAACUUGUGUGAAGACUAUCUUAAAAAUAAGUGGAUGGCUACGAGAAAAUGCGUACAGCAUUGCAAAAACGACGAGAGGUGCGGAGCUGGUAACUGCAUAUUGCAUGAUGAUUUCACUUGUGAAGAAGCAAAGCUGUCAGCCGUGAUGACAAAAACGGACACUGUCAUUGUCGUCAUGUUGCUACUUUGUUUGACGACCAGCGUGAUGCCACAGGCUCGUCUUGAUUUGCAUAAACCGUGUAAGCAAUAUAAAGAAGGCGACAGAGAAGCAAUCUGGUGGGCUACGAGAAAGUGCGUGCAACAUUGCAAGGAAAAGGAGCGUUGCGGUACCGGCCAAUGCAACCUCCGUGUACCCGGUAAACGAAUUUGCCACUGUUGGGCUUGCUAUUGAUAAAUGAGUUUUCAAUUACUGCUGUAUCAC